GCUUCUGAUGCCAAAGUUAGAAUAGGAAAAUGCUCUAUGAGAUGAAAUAGAUAAGGAAGAUAAUAAUAAGUGUUUUUCAGAGUGUGUAUGUACCUUCUGUUGACAGUAUGGGGGCUUUAUAUAUGUGACUUUGGUUGCUAGCUAUUGUGGUCGUUAAUGCCUUUCUUAGUAAUGCCUCCUGCCUAAUAAUGGGGCUUUUAAUAGGCUCCUAACGGUCUACCUGGCUAGUUUUGUAACUGCCCAAGUCAUCGAUUGAUUAUAUUGAAUGAUUUCCCUAUCUUCAUCGAUGGUGACUGGUUUCUUCGUCCCAGGACAACUUCGUCAUGAGUGUUGGCUUCGUCUAGGAGACGUAAUCUCGUCAUUCCCAUCAGUUGCCCCCAAGUUCUGUGGUCGUUUAUGAUGUGUCAUGAGGACCAUAGAAGACGAAAAGUUUUCCUGAGUUGUCUAUGACUCUUGGGGUUCUACUCCGAAUUUAAUGUAUAGUGGCGGCGCUACACGCAAUGUGGCCACGUGGCGCAUGCUGAUCGAUGGAGUUAAUGGCAUGAUCCUUGGGUUUCCCGCUAUUUUUCAGUUUCCUUGGGUCUUGGUUUCAAAACUUUCCUUUCCUUCACUUUAAUCAUUUACUCUGAGUUUUAUUUUUCCCGUUUAUUCCUACGACCGUUCCGACCCUGCUCCAGCGACAUUUUUCGAAUUUUUCUGGAUUCAAUCGUUUAUUCUUCAAGGUACGCUCCUCUUUUCCUCCUCUUUUAUUCUCUUUUCCUUCACAACCUAUUAUGAGUUCCUGAUUUUUCUUUGCCCUUUGUUUUGUUGUGGUUAUGUUUGUUUUUUGGGUUUUCAGGAUUUUAUUCCCCUUUUCAUGGUUAGUUCCUCUGAGGUUAGGGUAGCUUGCCCCUCGGUCUCUUUCUUUUUUGCUCACUUAGGGGCGGCUUUAGGUGUUUCUAGUGACUUUUUUCCUUUGGUUAGGGAUUUUUUUUUUAAGGUUGUGGGUUGAGUGUGGUUUUAGGGGAGCUAUCUCCAAUAUUAGGCCAAUCACUUGCUUGGUUUGAGGGUGAAGCGAAGAGGAUGUCGGAGGUGAGAUCUAGUGAACUUGAAAUUGGGUUGUCAUCUAGAAAUGGCCCAGUGGAGGGUGAUACGACCAUCUCUGCCCCUUGUUCAGUUAGGGCUUUCUACGCCCUCAAGGAGGCGUGCGGGCUGGACGCUGAUACCAUAGCUAGGUUUAAGGAUAGAUUUCAAUUUCUUGAACGGGUUCGUGUUCGUUGGCCCAAUAGUGAGGAUCAGGCAUGCCACUUCUUCCCUGGUGAGGUAUGCUUCUACUAGGCUGCUCUCACUUGUGGGCCUAGGCUUCCCGUCCAUCCGUUGGUGAUGGAGCUUUUAGGUUAUUUUGGCAUUGCUCCCGGGCAACUUAUGCCCAAUUCAUGGAGGAUCGAGAUCAACUGUAUGGAAAUAUGGUUGGCCGCUAACGGGGAUAUGAUCAAGGUGAGUGAGCUCAUCUACCUUUACCGUUUAAAAGAGUCAAAAGAAUAUGGAUAUUAUGAGUUAGUACCUUGGGCGAGGAGGACUAGGAUCGUCAAGGGCUUACCCUCGUCAUUCAGGUAUUGGAAGUCUCGUUUCUUUUUCGUGUCAGGUGACGAUUUUGAAACCCCUUCUAGCGAGGCUUGGGGUGAUAUCCCAAGGUUGCUCCGUCGGUGGGGAACCCCGAACUUAGUUAAGAGACGUCCUAAGUUAAAGUGCAAAUACCAAGAUCGUGUUGAAAAGGCGAUAGAGUACACCAGGACGAUUGAAAGUUGGGAGGACCUUGUAGAUCAACGGACGCUAGCAUUCUAUUGCUUAGGCCCAGACCCAUCUCCCUAUGUCUUGCGCAACAUCGACAUCAAGGGAAAAAAGAAGAUGACGACUAAGUUCAACAGAGACAUGUAUGCCAAGAUGAGGUCUAAGAAGGACGAGCCUUUAUCCAAUAUCGGGAAGAAGGGAGUGUGCGUGACUGGGAAAGGCCCGUUCGCUACUCCAGUUGUUUCGGUUACUCCCGUCAUCUCCGGUGCUGAGACCGUGAGGACGAUCUCUCCAGCCAUUUCGAUUGACGAGAUUCCCACUCCUUCGUCAAAGAGGCAGCGUAUAUCAGGCAAGGAGAAGGAGAAGGCUGAUUCUCAUUCAUCCACUAUAUAGGGAGAUCAAGGUCUAGCUGUGGACAGGGCACACGAAGUUGUUACGGCCGAGGACUUAAAGGUUUUUGCUGACGUGCCUUUCAACGUGGUCGCAAAUCAACAAGUCCAUAAGCUCGUCCAGGUAAUCUGCCCGUGUGCUUUUGGUAUUUAUCCGUCUUUUACUGACGACUUAACCUUUCCUUUCAGGUGUUGGGGGAGAGUCUCCACAUUGCUUCUAAGUACCUCACUUAGGAGGCCAAGGUGGCAUCACUAACGUCCAAAAUGGUGGCCCUGGACAAGGAGAAUUCUAAAAUGAAGAAAAAGCUCAUUGAUUCCAUGCACGAGGUCAAUACCUUGAAGGAAAGUACCAAGACUUUGUCCGACGAUCUUCGUGCUGAGCGUUAGUUGACCUUGGAGAAGGAUGAACAGCUUCUGGCAACCAAGAAAAAGCUCAAAACUAUUGCUGCAAGGUCCGUCAAGGCUUUCCAGUAGACUGAUGAGUACAACACUGUGCUCUUCAGUUGGUACUUCAAAGGCUUUGAGCUUUUAAGGCGGUAUCUCCUCAAGCAUCCCACCGGAGUUGAUUUGCAAAACUUGGAUCUUGAGGUGGUGGACUAGGAGAUGGCGACUGGCGAGGCUGCCUAAUCUUCUGUUAUUGAAGAUGAUGUCCCUGACAAGACUACUACUGACGAUGCUGAUGCUGCCAGGAAUGAUGCUCCUAUAGGUGAUGACGUUGUCGUUGGCCCCUGAAUCUUCAUACUUAUGGAAAUUUCUUCUUUUCUUUUGUUAGCCCGUCAUGUUUUCGGCUUUUUUGUAAAUCUAAUUUUAGAACAAUUUAAUCUGUCCUGGGAACAAUUUUUGUGUUGCCCAGUGUUUAUGGGUUUUUUGGGUAUAACAACAAUGGUAAUUUGCCCUUGGUUUUUGGGCUUUUAAUUGAAUUUGCAACAUACUUACUUGUUCGUCAAAUGCUUGUGCUGUUUUACAUUCGUCCAUAUCUUGUACUUAGCACUUGGCUGUGACCUCUCCAUUCGUCAAUGAUUUGCUACUUACUCACAAUCCUUCAAAGGGGCUUGGAUACAGCCUGAGUUUUGUUUUGAUUUAUUGCAAGGUUCUUGUCCCUUUUUUUUGUUACGUGGAUUCGUCGGUAACCUGCAUCCAUCACGCGGGAUCUUGUCACUUGCACCUACUAAAGGAUUGUGCCUGCGUCAGUGGCUUGCAUCCGUCAAGGCGGAGUCUUGUUACUUAACUUAUACCCAUUCAAGGGCUGUUUGUUACGUUUAUGGCUUCGUCAGUGGCUUACAUCCGUCAAGGCGGAAUCUUGUCACUUAGCCUUUUGACUUACACCCUUUCUAGGGAUUUUGUCAUGUUUUUGGCUUCAUUAGUAACUUGCAUCCGCCGAGGCGGAAUCUUGUUACUUAAAAUCACCUGGUAGGGUUUUUGGUUGUUGGUUUUCCUCAUUCGUAAUCUC